AUGCCAUACGACCCCAAAAACGAAGACGCUCUAUUCCAAAAAGAAGUGGAAGAUGUAAAGCAGUGGUGGAAGUCGCCGCGCUUCGUGGGCGUGACGCGUCCAUAUACAGCCGAAGCUGUGGUCAGCAAGCGUGGCACAAUGCGCCAGCACUACUUGUCGAACGAGCAGGCUAAGAAAAUGUGGGGCCUGCUGGAGCAUCAUGCGAAGAACAAGACGACAUCACACACAUUUGGCGCAUUGGACCCUGUUCAAGUGUCGCAGAUGGCCAAGUACCUUGAGACUGUGUAUGUGUCAGGGUGGCAGAGCUCUAGCACAGCCAGCUCGACGAACGAGCCUGGUCCCGACCUGGCUGACUACCCAUCGAAUACGGUGCCCAAUAAGGUUGAGCACUUGUUUAUGGCACAGCUUUUCCACGAUCGCAAGCAGCAGGAUGCCCGUCGCAGUAUGACCGCCGAGCAGCGUGCAAAGACGCCCUACGUGGACUACAUGCGGCCCAUUGUGGCUGAUGCUGACACAGGCCAUGGUGGUCUUACAGCCGUUAUGAAGUUGGCGAAAAUGUUCGUCGAGAAGGGUGCUGCUGGUAUUCACAUUGAGGAUCAGGCGCCCGGUACGAAGAAGUGCGGGCACAUGGCCGGAAAAGUACUCGUGCCCAUCUCCGAGCAUAUCAACCGUUUGAUUGCUAUCCGUCUUCAGUACGACAUCAUGGGUGUGGAGAACCUUGUCGUGGCCCGCACCGACUCGGAGGCUGCGACGCUUAUCACCACCAACGUUGACGAGCGGGAUCAUCCAUUCAUCCUCGGCACGACGAACCGUGACCUGCAGCCACUCGUAGAAGUGAUGACCGCUGCUGAGCGCAGUGGUAAGCAGGGGCGACGCCCUUCAUGCGGUAGAGGAUGA